AUGGGUGACAUCAAUGCUAUCGCAAAGCAGUUCACGGACUUCUACUACCAGACCUUCGACGCCGACCGGUCACAGCUCUCCGCCCUUUACAGGGACAUGUCCAUGUUGACAUGGGAGAACAACCCAAUUCAGGGCGCGAAGGACAUCACUGAGAAGCUCGUGUCUCUCCCUUUCGAGAAGGUCCAACACCGCGUCCUGACCCUCGAUGCCCAGCCCGCCUCCGCCUCGGUCGCUGCUAUUCUCGUCCUCGUUACCGGCCAGCUGUUAGUGGAUGAUGGACAGAACGUGCUUCCUUAUUCUCAGAUGUUCCACCUCGUACCAGAAGGACAGGGCUACUUUGUCCAGAACGACGUGUUCCGAUUGGUGUACGGAUAG